UCUCGCUUCUACAGAGCAAUAUUACAGUCUAUGAGAGCAACAAGACAACAUGUCUUUGACCCCGAAGAGACGCUGCCCGGACUCACACAACGACUCACCGAACAACUCGAUGAACGACUCGAUGGAGAAACGGAUCCGGCGGAUCUCAGUGGAGGGAAAUAUCGCGGCGGGUAAAUCCACUUUUCUGCGCUUUUUGGAGCAGGAGAGCGGGGACUGGGAGGUAGUACCGGAGCCCAUCGCCAGGUGGUGCAACGUCCAAACAGAGAGCAGUGACUUCGAGGAGCUGAGCACAUCGCAGAAGAGCGGCGGGAACGUGCUGCAGUUGAUGUACGAGAAGCCAGAGAGGUGGGCCUACAUGUUCCAGAGCUACGCCUGUAUCAGCAGGGUGCGUGCCCAGAUGAAGUCGGCCAACGGGAAGCUGCGUGAAGCUGAGAAUCCUGUGCAGUUCUUCGAGCGCUCCAUCUACAGUGACAGGUACAUCUUUGCUGCCAACCUCUACGAGAGCGAGUGUCUGAAUGAGACUGAGUGGUCUGUGUACCAGGACUGGCACGGCUGGCUGCACAGCCAGUUUGGCAAGCACAUCGAGUUGGAUGGUAUCAUCUACCUGAGAGCGUCACCCGAGAAAUGUUUAGAGCGACUGCACCUGAGAGGCCGAGAAGAGGAGCAGGAAAUCCCACUGGAGUAUCUGGAGAAGCUCCACUUCAAACACGAGAGCUGGCUGCAGCACAGGACCAUGAGUAUGGAGUUUGACUAUCUCAAUAAAGUUCCGGUCUUGACCAUAGAUGUGAGUGAAGAAUUUAAGGGGAACGACAACAAGAGCACUGACAUGAUGGAAAAGGUGAAAGAGUUCCUGAGCACGUUGUGAAGAUGGGAAAUCCCAGAUUGGGGCCGUUGGCAGAAACAGUGGAAUUAUUUUUUAAAAGCAAUGAAAUGCAUCAACUCUGACUUUAUAGAAUCAUUAAAAAUGAUCUGGCCUGUUGCAUUUUAAAAAAAUUCA